CUCCGCGAGGCCAGUGUGAGACAUGUUACUUUCCAGUCGAGACUCACCGGCGACGUAUCAGUGCGGAUUCGGACUGUGGACCGAGAAGGCUGUGAGGUAGCAGAGGCAGCAGACCGCGACCAAGAUGAAGAGCAUUUUCGUGCUGCUGGCUGUCGUGAUGGCGGCUGGACAGGGCGACGGAGCCCGUAUACUGGGACUGUUCGACUUCCCAGGGAAGAGCCACUUCAUGAUGUUCGAAGAAGUGUUGAAGGCACUGGCUGCCCGCGGUCACGAGGUCAUCGUGUACAGCCACAACCCGCAAGAGAAGCCCAUACCAAACUACAAGGAUGUCAGCUUGGUGGGCUCUUUAAAAGGCCCUCCCGGUGGCGUCACUUCGAAGGAUAAAGAGCUGGGAAUAAAUAACCCCUACGGUACACUAAAACUCCUCGAAGUUAUCACCGUCAGGUCUUGUGAGAAGGUUCUCCAGCAUCCAGCGAUGCAGGCUCUGAUGAAAUCGAACGAGAAAUUCGACCUCAUUUUCACGGAGGCUUUCACGACAGACUGUAUGCUGCCGUUUGUGCACAAGUUCCAGGCGCCAAACAUAGCGAUUUCUUCCACCCCGCUUAUGCCGUGGACAGCUGAUCGUUUUGGUAUCCCGGACAAUCCCUCUUACAUACCUGUUCAGUCUGUCUCUGCUAGUGACCACAUGGGAUUCCUUGAGCGCCUUAGCAACACAUGGUAUCUGAAGUACAGCAAGUGGUUCUUCAAGACUUACAUAGACACACCUACUAACCAGGCUGUCAAGAAAUUUUUUGGAGACAGUCUUCCGCCUCUGAGUGAAAUUGCGAAAAAUACGAGUAUGCUCUUCGUCAAUACGAAUCCAGCACUGAACCCGCCCAGACCACUUGUGCCAGCUGUCGUGGAGAUUGGAGGCAUACAUCUGAAGCCUAAACAGAAACUGCCAGAGGACAUUCAAAAGUUCAUGGACGAAGCAGAACACGGAGUAAUAUUCUUCACGUUCGGAUCUGUACUGCAGGCCCGGGAUUUGUCUGAUGAGAAACGAAGUGCAAUACUAGAAGCGUUUGCAGAGCUUCCCCAACGCGUUAUUUGGAAAUGGGAGGCUGAAAAUCUUCCAGGGCAGCCCCCUAACCUGUUAGUACGCAAGUGGCUGCCUCAGUAUGAAAUACUGAGCCAUCCUAAGAUGCGAGUGUUCAUUACGCAUGGUGGAUUGAUGGGAACCACCGAGGCAGUCUACAAUGGUGUGCCAUUGUUGGGAAUACCUUUGUUUGGCGACCAGUUUCAUAAUAUUAAAAUGGCUGUCAGGAGAGGCGUUGCUAUACUUCUACCCUUUCCAGAAAUGACGAAGAACACACUGCUAGAAUCCUUGCGCACUCUGCUUAAUGACUCUGGGUACAGGAAGAGAGCCAUGAUGCUGUCAGAAGCGUACAAGGACAGGCCCAUGAGUCCUCGGGAAGCCGCCGUCUACUGGUCGGAAUACGUCAUCAGGCACAAGGGAGCCAGGCACCUGCGCUCUGCCGCCGUCGAUCUGGAGUGGUACCAACUGCUGCUGCUGGACGUCAUUGCGUUCAUCGUCCUCGGCUGCAUUGUAGUCGCGGGUAUAGGCCUGUUGCUCCUGAUAGCUUUCUUAAGGUGCAUAGGCGUGAUCAAAGGCUCAGCAAAAGCUAAAGAAGUGCAGGCUAAAAGCAAGAAGAGCAAGCAACAGUAGUCUGUAUCCAUCCACCCACUUUAAACAGGCUGGGUCCGUCGAAUUCACUUCCGUGACAGUUGGGUGAGGACGUGUAACUCGGCGUGUGACUCCAGUACUUUGGCUACGAGCAUAAAAAUAUUGCUUGCAGGUGUUCAGCGGCACGACGACACACGAGCAAUAGGGGUGUAUGAAGUUAGUGACAAAUGUUAAUUUCGUGUGGAUCUCAGUGAAGCCAAGAGAGAGUCAGUGAGAACGCAGCAUUGGCACGUAAUAGAUCUAAAUUUCUUUUUCCGUUAUCUUCAGCUGUAACUCAGUGAAAGUCAUGAUUCUGUGAUGAAAUCGGCAUUCAAUAAAUUGUAGAGGUACCAUUAAAUGACAAAGAUGA